AUGGCAUCCAGUUCUGCUCCAAUCUCUGCUCCAGUUUUCAACGGUGACCAGUACCAUGUUUGGGCUGUCAAGAUGAAAACAUAUCUAAGAGGCCAUGGCUUGUGGCAAUAUGUGGAAGAGGAGAAGCAAGUUCCCCACCUUGGACCCAACCCGACGCUGAACCAGAUGAGAGUUCAUGAAGAAAAAGCAGCCAAAGCUCCAAGAGCAUUGUCUUGUAUACAUUCAGCCGUGACAGAUCAGGUCUUCUCCAGGAUCAUGGCAUGUGAGACACCUAAACAAGCCUGGGACACUCUCAAGGAGGAGUUUGGAGGGAGUAACCAGACAAGAAAUAUGCAGGUUCUAAACUUGAGAAGAGAAUUUGAAGUACUCAAGAUGCAGGAGACAGAAUUUGUCAAGGAAUAUGUGGACAAACUCAUGGCUGUGGUGAACAAAAUCAAGCUGCUAGGGGAAGAACUAACCAACCAGAGAGUGGUGGAGAAGGUCCUGGUCAGCUUACCUGAGAGGUUUGAAGCAAAAAUUUUGUCCCUAGAGGACUCCAAAGAUCUGUCCCGAAUUAGCUUGGUUGAGCUGGUUCAUUCACUUCAAGCCCAGAAACAAAGAAGGCAGAUGAGGCAAGAAGACUCAACUAAGACAGCCAUGUAUGUAGGUCAAAAAGGAAGAUUACAAGGAAGAGAAGACAAGAAAUAUAGUGGUGAAAAGAAAGGAAAAGAGAAGAGCUACAAUCAAGGAGGGAAACGUGGUGGACAAAGAUCAUUUCCUCCAUGUGUGCACUGCAAAAAGAAGAACCAUCCAGAAUAUAAGUGUUGGUUCAGACCUGGCAUACAAUGCAGGUCAUGCAAGCAGUGUGGACACAUAGAAAAAGUGUGUAAAAGCAAAGGAAAUCAGCAGGAGCAGCAGGCUACAGUGGUGGAGGUCCAGCAACCAAAUCCAGAAGCAGAACAACUCUUCAUGGCUUCAUGCACAAACCACAACAUGUGUGAUGAUGUAUAG